AUGACAUUUGUGCCAUUCGAGCAGUUGGCCGCAAAGUAUGGAAUGCCAUCCGAGCAAGGUACGUGGGCCGGGAAAUUCAAAUCCACGGACAUUCAGUACACGCUGGAACACCUCGGCGGUGAGGGAAAACACUCCGCACAAGCUGUGUGGACUCCAGUUGGCUGCUAUCAACGAGAAGUAACUGCAAUAGUUAUUCCAUACCGAAACCGUUUUUAUGAUCUAUCAGUCUUCAUCAACCAUUUAACCCCGAUAUUGCGACAUCAACGUCGACGGUACACAAUCUUUCUGAUUGAACAGGUAAAACCAGAGACUUUCAACCGAGCUGCACUUUUCAAUAUUGGAUACAAAGAGGCCCUUAAAACAGCCAGUUACAGUUGUUUUAUUUUCCAUGACGUCGACCUUCUACCCGAGGAUGACAGGAUGAUCUACGGGUGCGAGGAUCACCCACUGCACAUGACUGCACUGGUUGACAAGUUUGGUUACCAAAUGUUCUACGAGGACAUAUUUGGUGGGGGAGUAGCGAUGACGCGAACGCAAUUCCAGAAAGCCCUGGGAUACCCAAAUACCUACUUUGGAUGGGGCGCCGAAGACGAUGACAUGUCUGCGCGACUCAACUUCUCCAAACAAAAGCUAAUGAGACGCAACUUUACGUUUUCUCGGUACAAGAUGAUAAUGCAUAAGAGGGAUACGGGAAACGAAGAAAACCCAAAGAAGUACGGAACAUCUUCCAUUAUAUUGUGUUUCACAAAAAUAACGCUUCAUAUUGCUGAAGAUAUGAUCAAAGUAGACAUGUAA